CGCCCCCAUCAUAGUUGGUAACAGCACGGGGGGCAGGAGUGGAGACAUGGCACCCUGGCCAGACCCACAUCUAAGUGGAGUCCCCAGGGGAGCCCUGCCAAUGGCAACUCCCAGCCCAGGGGUACUCCCUGGCCUCUGCUGGUGCUCCAGCCUGAGAGACCAGCCGUGGAGAGUCCUGACUGGAGCCUUGGCCCAGCCCAGUGUCUGAAUCACAAAGUCAUCCCAAGACCAAGUCAAUCAGAAGAAAAUGUGAGUGCCUGAGAAUUGGCGGUGGGGAGACAGCCAGCAGGUGUGGACAAGGGAGAUGGACAGUAGGUACAAGAGCUGCAGGACUCAUCUUCUUCAGCCAUGUGCUUGGCCAAGGACGGGACUCAUCACCACCAUGGAGGGGAGGCCUGUAGCUUCUCCACCAGGAGAUGCCAAGUCAGAGGCCCUGAACACUCACCAUUUUCCCAACAAUGGGAUUCCACUGAAGACACUGCUGGACAGAAGGAAGCAGGAAUAACACCCAGCACUUCUGGCUCAGGUGCUCUCUUCCUGAAGGACUUCCCUUGGGCAGCUGCUCAGACUUCACUCUUGCUUCUUCUGGGGCUUCUCCUGCUGGCUGCUCUUGGUUUUAUCUGGAAACUUCACCGGGAGAAAGCGCGAGAAUGUUGGACCAAAGAAAAACUCCAAAGAGAACUCUGCUGGAGGAAAGCCCAGAAGGUGGAUGACUGGAGAAAAGCUCGGUCCCAUGCUGCUCACGUGACUCUGGAUCCAGACACUGCCUACCCUGAACUCUUUCUGUCUGAAGAUCACCGGAGUGUGAGGCGGAGAAAUACGUGGCAGGAUCUCCCCGAGAGAACUGGAAGGUUUUUUUUUGACCCUUGUGUGCUGGGUCAUGAGUCCUUCUCUUCGGGGAGACACUACUGGGAGGUGGACGUGGGUGACAGGACUUACUGGGAGCUGGGGGUUUGUGAGGAAAACGUGGAAAGGACAUGGGGAAUCACAAAGUCGCCUCAGAAUGGAUUUUGGGCCAUGGAACUCUAUGCUAAUAAGUAUCAAGCCCUCACCUCCCCUCGGACCGCCCUCCCCCUGGGCGAGCCCCUGAGCCGGGUGGGGAUCUUCGUGGACUAUGAGGCUGGGGAUGUCUCCUUCUAUAGUGGGGCUGACGGGUCCCACAUCUACACUUUCCCCCAGGCCUCCUUCUCUGGGCCCCUAAGGCCUUUCUUCUGCCUCUGGUUCUAUCACCCAACCCCUCUGACCAUCUGCCACUGAGGCCAUCUGUCCCCAGACUUUCUCUCAGUUGAAUGUCCAGGGGAGAACUCAGCACUGGGGUGGAGGAGCUGCUUCUGAGGACAAGGGCCCAGGGCUCCAGCCAAGCCAGCAGUGAAGGCUGAGCCCCUCUGAUCUUUGCUGUAGAUAAAGGCUGGGGACAGUUUAUAAUUCUCCAGGGCUAAGUGGCGCAGAGGACCAAGAAAGGCAAUGUGACCCUACAGAAUCUUGUCAAGAGGGCCUGUCUGCUGUUGCCAUCCCAGCUGGAAUGAGAAAAAGAAACCCCAAAGAAAGCAGAGACGAGAUACUGAUAGAAAGACUAGCAGGGCGAAGAGUGACCUAUGAAAUUGAGCUCCCGUAGGAAAGAAAAGAAAGGAAAAGAAGGAAAAGAAAAG